AUGGCAACUACUGUGACCCGUGUCCCUGUGGGUGACAUUGAUACUACAUUCAAAUCGAACAGCGUAGACCUCGUCAAUAAGGCACUUGGGUCGCGAAUUCUUUCCUUCUCCGACGAGUGGUUCGCCGCAGCCGAGAACCUCACCACGUCGACGCCGCCAGUACGUAAGCCAGGAGUCUUCACUUAUGCAGGAGCUUGGUACGAUGGGUGGGAGACACGGAGGCAUAACCCGGAGCCUUUCGACUGGGUUGUCAUUCGACUAGGUGUCGCGUCAGGCCGGGUCAAAGGCGUAGAGAUUGACACGGCCUUCUUCAACGGAAAUCACGCGCCCGAGGUCGGAGUCCAGGGUUGCUUUGUGACAGGGGAUGAUGGCGACGACAAGGUCAAGAGCAAAGACUUCCCCGACUGGGAGACAAUCAUGGAAAGGCAAGAAUGCGGCCCUUCACAACGCCAAGCUUGGUUAAUCACCGGUGGAUCGGGCAAGGCAUACACACAUGUUCGGCUGCAGAUGUUUCCUGAUGGCGGAAUUGCGAGAUUUCGGCUUUAUGGAGAGGUGAUGCCAGUCUUGCCGGCAGAUGUCAAUGAAGUGUUCGAUCUUGCUGCUACAGUUAAUGGCGGCGUAGCUGUACAAUGUUCAGAUCAGCAUUUUGGCACGAAGGAUAACUUGCUCCUACCUGGCCGCGGUGUCGACAUGGGCGAUGGUUGGGAAACCGCCCGUUCACGUGGCGAACACAUCGACUGGACCAUCAUCAAACUUGGAACUCCCGGUCUUCUCGAGAAAGUGGUUAUAGAUACAGCACACUUUCGCGGCAACUUCCCUCAACAGGUUCAAGUAUUUGCCGCUCCAGCUGCGGAGCAAGCACCUGCACAUGCAGACGCCGUCUGGUCGGAGAUCCUGACCCCACAAAAGACCGGACCAGAUGUGGAGCACGUAUACGAUGGUACAGUCCUGCGGCAUACAGACAAUGUUUAUGGUUUUGUGAAGCUGGUUAUCAUACCAGAUGGUGGCGUCAAGAGGAUCCGAGUAUUCGGCAGACAGUCCCCAAAGACUGUGUGAUAGAAUCAAGCUCAGUAGGAUGCUCAAUAGAAGGCUCGGUAUCAAAUAUCUCGAGUGCAAAGCAGACUGAUGUUCGUCGAAUUGCUGCCAAUCUCACCAGUCAUAUCGCAUCGCUGUAGCCAAUGCGUCGAUUUCACUAACGACCGAUGAACAAAGCACCAAAGCUCGUCGCUGAAGGCCGUAUGUAGUACUGGUGGUUUGACUGCAUCUAGUCAU